AUGAAGGGAGAUGCGGACGCUACCCUGUCUACGGUGGCGUCGAACCACCCGAACCUCGUGCCUCUGGUUGAGCAGAUCAGAGACGACCUCGCCGCCAAGCACUACCACGAACUCACGGAGGCGCUGACAUCGCUGCUCGCGUCCGACAGCCUCGUUUGUGACGACAAAAUACGUGUGUUUGAGGCGUUGGUACAUCCCAUUAAGGAUGCGCUCAACACACUGCGCUUCGCACAACUGCUGGCUGCGUGCUCCGAAAACCUAGAUCCGAAGGUUGCGCUAGAACACCUCUGCAAGUACGAUGCCUUCCUCGAAAAGGACUUCGAAGCCAACGUCAUGCACCAAAUCGCAAAGGUAACCGUGAAGACAAUAGGGGCAUUUAUAUGGUUGCAGGCGCACCAUAUGGUCAAGAAUGGUCAGAUUAAGGAAUGCGACGCACUUCUCAGCGACGUGAGGCAGAAAGUCGAGGAAACUAUGAACGUCGACAUCACGGUGCAUAGCGCGUACUACCGAGCCGCUGCUGAAAUGAACAAGGCGGCGAAGAAUUUCUCGCAGUGCUACAAGGACUGGAUCAUGUACCUCGCCUACACCUCCACCAACGAUAUACCCGAAGGCGACCGUGUGGCCAUCGCCGUCGAGAUCACUGUAUGCGCCAUCGUGGCCCACGACAGUUUCGGGUUUGGAGAACUAAUCCACCAGCCCAUCAUUGAGGCAUACCUCAAAGGCGGCGACCAUCAGUGGUUAUAUGACAUGCUGAUCAUAUUUAACGAGGGGCAGCUGCACCUCUUCGAUGAGGCGCUGGAACGACACAGGGGUAAAAUUGUGCACACGGAACUUGCGGGCAGGGAGACCCAAUUGAGGCAAAAAUUGACGCUGAUUGCCCUUCUAAACCUCGCAUUGGCAAAGCCGAACAAACAGCGCUGCCUCACAUUCCAGGAAAUAGCCGAUCACUGUACCAUCCGGAUCGAACAGGUGGAGCCUUUCGUGCUUAAGGCGCUGGCUCUCCAACUUAUCAAGGGGCAUAUCGACCAGCUACAGCAAACAGUCUCCAUCAAGUGGUUGCAGCCAAGAAUACUAGACAUGGGAAAGUUGCAAGGCGUCGCAAAGAGACUAGAAAGCUGGAUUGAGUCCACUAACAACAUCGUCUCAAACUUGGAGGCAUUAAACAAACCCGCCAACGCUACAGCGUAA